CUCCCACUCUCCCCCGCGCCGCCUGACGGCCCCGGCCCUCGCUUCACCCCGACGCCCCGGCGUGCGCGUCCUCCCGCCGGCCUGCAGGCCCGGGGCCUCCGCCUGCUUCCCCGCCGCUGCUCCUCGCGGCCCCGUCUCGCGUUCACGCUGUCGCCCGGGCCGGCGCGGCCGCGGGCAACCGCUCCCCCUCCCACACCUACCCCGCCCCCUCCCCGCCUUUUCCGCCCUCCCGUCCCCCUCCCUCGGCCCGCCGCCGCUGCUCCAGAUGAGGUGAUGGCAACGGCCAACUUCGGCAAGAUACAGAUCGGGAUUUACGUGGAGAUCAAGCGGAGCGAUGGCCGAAUACAUCAAGCAAUGGUAACAUCUUUAAAUGAAGAUAAUGAAAGUGUAACUGUUGAAUGGAUAGAAAAUGGAGAUACAAAAGGCAAAGAGAUUGAUCUCGAGAGCAUCUUUUCACUUAACCCUGACCUUGUACCUGAUGAAGAAAUUGAACCCAGUCCAGAAACACCUCCACCUCCAGCAUCCUCAGCCAAAGUAAACAAAAUUGUAAAGAAUCGACGGACUGUGGCUUCUAUUAAGAAUGACCCUCCUCCAAGAGAUAACAGAGUGGUUGGUUCUGCACGUGCACGGCCUAGUCAGCUUCCUGAGCAGUCUUCCUCUGCACAACAGAAUGGUAGUGUUUCAGAUAUAUCUCCAGUUCAAGCUGCAAAAAAGGAAUUUGGACCCCCUUCACGUAGAAAAUCUAAUUGUGUGAAAGAAGUAGAAAAAUUACAAGAAAAACGAGAAAAAAGGAGACUACAACAGCAAGAACUUAGAGAAAAAAGAGCCCAGGAUGUUGAUGCUACAAACCCAAAUUAUGAAAUUAUGUGUAUGAUCAGAGAUUUUAGAGGAAGUUUGGAUUAUAGACCAUUAACAACAGCAGAUCCUAUUGAUGAACAUAGAAUAUGUGUUUGUGUAAGAAAACGACCACUCAAUAAAAAAGAAACUCAAAUGAAAGAUCUUGAUGUAAUCACAAUCCCUAGUAAAGAUGUUGUGAUGGUACAUGAACCAAAACAAAAAGUAGAUUUAACAAGGUACCUAGAAAACCAAACAUUUCGUUUUGAUUAUGCCUUUGAUGACUCAGCUCCUAAUGAAAUGGUUUACAGGUUUACAGCUAGACCACUAGUUGAAACUAUAUUCGAAAGGGGAAUGGCUACAUGCUUUGCUUAUGGGCAGACUGGAAGUGGAAAAACUCAUACUAUGGGAGGUGACUUUUCAGGAAAGAACCAAGAUUGUUCUAAAGGAAUUUAUGCGUUAGCAGCUCGAGAUGUCUUUUUAAUGUUAAAGAAGCCAAACUAUAAGAAAUUAGAACUUCAAGUAUAUGCAACCUUUUUUGAAAUUUACAGUGGAAAGGUGUUUGACUUGCUAAACAGGAAAACAAAAUUAAGAGUGCUGGAAGAUGGAAAACAGCAGGUUCAAGUGGUGGGAUUACAGGAACGGGAAGUCAAAUGUGUUGAAGACGUACUGAAACUUAUUGACAUAGGCAAUAGUUGCAGGACAUCCGGUCAAACAUCUGCAAAUGCACAUUCAUCUCGGAGCCAUGCAGUGUUUCAGAUCAUUCUUAGAAGGAAAGGAAAACUACAUGGCAAAUUUUCUCUCAUUGACUUGGCUGGAAAUGAACGAGGAGCUGAUACUUCCAGUGCAGACAGGCAAACCAGGCUUGAAGGUGCUGAAAUUAAUAAAAGCCUUUUAGCACUCAAGGAGUGCAUCAGAGCCUUAGGUAGAAAUAAACCUCAUACUCCUUUCAGAGCAAGUAAACUCACUCAGGUGUUAAGAGAUUCAUUCAUAGGUGAAAAUUCUCGUACCUGCAUGAUUGCCACAAUCUCUCCAGGAAUGGCAUCUUGUGAAAAUACUCUUAAUACAUUAAGAUAUGCAAAUAGAGUAAAGGAGUUUGGAAUUAGUCCAUCAGACAUUCCCUUCUCACAGGGUAGUGGCAGUCGCCCCGAUCUCUCUCCUUCUUAUGAGUAUGACGACUUUUCUCCUUCGAUUACCAGGGUGAAAGAAUUGACUGUGGAUCCAACUGCUGCUGGUGAUGUCCGUCCAAUAAUGCACCAUCCACCCAAUCAGAUUGAUGACUUAGAGGCACAGUGGGGUGUAGGGAGUUCCCCUCAGAGAGAUGAUCUAAAACUUCUUUGUGAGCAAAAUGAAGAAGAGGUUUCCCCCCAAUUGUUUACUUUCCACGAAGCCGUCUCACAAAUGGUAGAAAUGGAAGAACAAGUUGUAGAAGAUCACAGGGCAGUGUUCCAGGAAUCUAUUCGAUGGUUAGAAGAUGAAAAGGCUCUCCUAGAGAUGACUGAAGAAGUAGAUUAUGAUGUAGAUUCAUAUGCUACUCAACUUGAAGCUAUUCUUGAGCAAAAAAUAGACAUUUUAACUGAGCUGCGGGAUAAAGUGAAAUCUUUUCGUGCAGCUCUACAAGAAGAAGAACAGGCCAGCAAGCAAAUCAACCCGAAGAGACCCCGUGCCCUUUAAAUCAGUUUGCUGCUAGAGGAUCCCCAGAACCCACAUUACUGUAACAUACAGUGGUUCAGCUGUUAAGGGCCAUUUGAAAGUUUGAAAUUUUAAGUGUCUGUGGAAAAUGUCUUGUCCCUUCACCUGAAUGACAUUUCAAUUUUGUGAAACACUCCUUUGUCUACAAAAUGCUUCUAGUCCACGAGGCACAACCAAGAUUGGGAAUAGUGAAGCAUUUUGUUUCAUUUACCCAAACAGUGAUUUACUUUUGGAGAUCCUUGCCAAUUUUAUUUUCUGUAUGAUGAAGUGAGAUUGUGGACUUGAUCCAGAGGUGAAUAGUAGGGGGAAGCCACAGCAUUUCCUUUUAACUCGGUUGAAUUUUCGUAGCAAGACUGAGCAGUUUUAAAUCCUUUGAGUGCAUGCAUACCUCAUCAGUGAUUGUACAUACCUUGCCCACUCCUAGAGACAGCUGUGCUCACCUCUUCCUGCUUUGUGCCUUGACUAAGGCUUUUGACCCUCAAUUUCUGAAGCACAGCCAAGAUAAAUUACAUUCCUUAAUUGUCAUUGUAAAUUACCUUUAUUGUGUGUACAUUUUUACUGUAUUUGAGACAUUUUUUGUGUGUGACUAGUUAAUUUUGCAGGAUGUGCCAUAUCAUUGAAUGGAACUAAAGUCUGUGACAGUGGACAUAGCUGCUGGACCAUUCCAUCUUAUAUGUAAAGAAAUCUGGAAUUAUGAUUUUACAACCAUAUAAUGUGGUUAUAAUUUUCUUAGCAUUUUCUUUGUAAAGAACUAAAAUAUAAACUAGUUGGUGUAUAAUAAAAAGUAAUGAAAUUCUGAGAAGAGUUUUAUCUUAGGAUAAUACAUAUAUAUAUGCAGUGUGUGUUCCAGUGUGGUAUUAACAGGACUAAUAGUGCAAUUUGAUCCUUACCAAUACGAUUACUUAAGUUAAAGUGUCCAUUAGCACCCCAAAAUGUACCUUUUAAAUGUACUGGUAAAGGAAAUUGGCUUCUGAUGCAUGAAUAUUUACAUGUACACUGAAAGUAGUCCAUAAUAGAACUGUUAGUUUAAGCCAAGUGUAGACAGUACAUCACUCCCUUGAAAAAGAAUUAAGCUAAAAAAAGAGUUGACUUUGCCUUAAAAGGCAGAUCGAUCUAACCCAAGCCCCAUCCGUUACCUACUAUGUGAUAUUUCAUCAUUAUUUGGUGAGAAUCACCAAAUCCUCACCAAUAAAUUGGUCUAGGGUAUGCUGCUUUUUAAAUGGUGGCACUAUUUUUACAGAUUGCUACUCCAAGGAAGAAAACUGGCCACUUUUCAUGUAAAUAUUUUGUUAAAAGAUUUAUAUAUCUCUCUAGGAGUUUUCCCUUAGUUCCUAGGAUAGAGUCCAGGAGUAGAUUAACAACAAAAAGUCUCCCAAGGAUGUCUUGUUUUGAUUUACUCUAAGGAACUAAUGCUCAUUCAUUUGGGCCAAAGGGAAGCUAUGAAUAGAGAGUCACAUGAGCCAGAUUCCCUACUUCAUUGUUCAUAGAAACCAGAGAGUAGUUGUGGGAAAUCCUACACCAUGGUGAAAUGCUCCUCUGUAAACUUGAAAUCUAGAACAAAUGUAGAUUUUCACAAUGUGCUUAUUAAUAAAUGAUAUCUAUGGAAUGAGUUUUAGAGAUAAUUUACUUCAGAACAAUCACCUUUGUUUUGGAAGGGACUCAGGUUUUCUUGCAGUUGUAAGAUAACAUUCUAUUUGUGUUUUUUCAAAGAGAAGAGAAAGAAUGGAGCAGUUACUGUGGACCUUGCAGCAGCUGCUUAAAAAGGUAGUUUUUGAGGCUAACCAACCUUCAGAGGACAAUAGAGAUGUGAACUUGCUCGUUUUAAAGCACAGCAGAUUCAUCUUAAUUUAUUAAUUAAGUAAGAUGGGUACGAUCUCUGGAAGGUCUCCUUAUGUUCAAAUAUGUUGCCUUAUACUAUAAUGGCUUCAUUCUGAUAAGUGAUCAAGGUCUAUAGAAAAUUGAUACCGGAAAAGAUGUUGGUGGUUAUAAUCCAAUCCUUCGGUUUUACAGAUAGGGAAAACUGAAGGUCAGAAAAGGGACUAAAAGUCAGUAGAUGAGGGAAGAGGAAGUAAGAGGGAAAGCUGAAUUAAUUCUUAAAAUUUUCCUGUAAGGAUAGAGAUGGUACAAAUGAAUUUUGCAAAGUAAGUAGUUUUGUGAUAAUAAAAAAACUCUGCUCUUGAGGUAUAUUUAAUAUUUAUGUAACAAAAGUGGCUUGAUGCAGUAUUAUUUAAAGAAAAAUUUUUUGGAUCUGGAUUAAACAUUCUUGACUUUCUCAGACUUCUUGAAAGCUGAUAUUCCUAUUAAAAAGUAUUUAUAUAGGAAUGUUUUACUAUAUCACUCUGAGUCCAGAUUUCCAAAAAAAAUCUGUUGAGGCAAACAACUUCCCUUCUAGGUUUACUCAGUGUACCUUUGUUAAAAUAAUUUGGAAGCAAUCUUUCUAUUAAGUUAGGUUUUUAAAAAGCCAAUUAUUAAGAUAUUUUUGUUAAUUUCCUCAUAUAAAUUAUCAGCUACUGUAAUUAUUACAGGACAUUAAUAAUGAUUUAAACAUAGUAGCUAAUUAAGACUUGUUUAUGGUAUCUUAAAAUUCUCAACCUGACAUUUUAAAACUUAAAAACAUUUUAAAAAUAGCUUAGAACAGUAUGUGAAAAGGUACUGGAACUUUUAAUUUUCCGUAAGUCAUGUGAAUACUGGGAGCCUGUAGUUCUGGGAAAAUGGCUGGUUACGAUUUUUUUUGUUUUAAGUAAGUUGAAGGGCGGAAUUUUAACCUCAUAGCCAGUUUUGAUUUACAAAACCCUUUAGAAUUUCAUUAAACCAGUGGCUUUCCCCAAGAAAAAAACCAUACUAUCUUAUAGUUGAUUUCAUCCUAGUUGAGCGUCCUGUUAUCACAGUUGACGAAAUCAUGCCUGGAAGUAAUGUGCCCGGCACCACCACACGGUGGCAGUAGCAGACUCAACGCUUAUCCAGAACUGUGAAGUAGCUUAUGAUGCUACAGGACAGCUUAAAGGUGUGGGCAGAGAUAGAAGGUGUAUAAGAUGAACAGAAGAAAUGAGAGAAGCAAAAUAAGAAACAAGUAUUUUAUUGUGCACAUGAAUAAAAAGAAAUCAUACGGGGAAUAUGUAACUUGAGUUAAGCAUAUGUUAACUGUCUGACUGUUUGAGGGACAAAGGCCUACAGAGGCCCUCAUGGUAAUAUAUAACAUAGAAAAUAGAAGAGUAACAUCUUUAUACAAUAAACUGUUAGAAGUAAGUUUAAGUGUAAAGUUGUGCGUGCCUGCGGCUCUUAAAGAUUACCGUGUAGAGACUGGACCCUGCCCUAUGUUAAAUAUUAAAAACACCAAAACCAUAAAAAAAAAAACAAAAAAAACAAAAAACCCCAAAAAACUUGGGUACUUAGAAUUGACUUACUACCAUAAAACUUCAGAGUAAUAAAUGGUGACAGUGGUAGUAUUAAAUCAAAACUAGUCAAGCACAUAGUGUUCCAGUGGAGCAAAAGCAUAGUUUAUCUUCUCUGUUAGAAAUGUAUAAUUGCGGUUUCUUUUUCUUGGGCUUGAAAAUUCUCUUUUCCAGAUACCUAAGAAAAAUGUAUACCUUCUGCGUUGAAUCCAUGUAGCAAUCUGAAAAAAGAAACCAAAAUGAGAUGGUAUUGAAAAGAUAAUUUAUAACCUAUAACAAUGCAUAGUUCCUGUACCAUGAAUUCUAAAACAAACACAUCAAACCUCUGAAACCCACCCACUCCUAACACCAGUCAUUAAAGAAACUUUAUUCUUCAAUUAAAUUUCUAAGAUAUAUAUUGGUUAAAAAUCACAUCAUUUUGGUGCCUCUUUUGUCACAGCCUGUAUGUUUUAAGUCAUGGUGAAUUUAACCAAAUUAUCUUAGACCUCCACUAUCCAGGCAUAAGAGCUCACUGGCACUUGUGAAGCUAUUUGGAACUGGAGACUGAAGAGAGAUGAAUGGCUAAUCAUCCAUGUCCAUUUUUCCUCUCUGGGCUCACUAUUACUAAGGCUCAAAUUAAGUACUGACACAUUGCUUUUCUCUGGAUACCAAUGUAUUUAUUGGAUCCUAGUUAGCAAACUGCAUAUGCUUAAUAACCUUGAAGAAAUUUGGUGAGAAUGAAAGAAAAUAAGAUGAAAUAUUUCUUUAGACCUGAGAUUAUUUUCAGGAUGGUGACAGUUCAAGAUGGAUUCGAAUGUCUGAAAAUGGAAGAUCGGUUCUUAUGAAUAAUUUCAACUCCUAUGACUAACCCCUGAUAAAGACUCAGUAGUUCUGCUAGCCUGUCGAUGUAAAAUAUAAACCCCAUUUGUCUUAGUUAUAUAGAACUGUUUCCAGCUCAGAAAAAUCAAACCAAUUCCUUUGGUAACAAUCUAUCCUCAUUUUUUAUUCAGCUCCUAGAACAUGGAAAUUUUAAAUAUGAAUCGGCUAAAAUAGGCAAAAACUGUGCAGUAAGUGAUGGUUUAUUAGUUAGGAAAUCAGUUUUAGUGAUUGAAAACUGUGAGUAUAGGUUAAUAACUACCUGGGUAACUGAAGCCUUAUUUUGCUUUCAUACCACUUACUUGCUUAAGGAAAACAAAGUUUUGUCUGCAUUGCCCAGAUAAUUAUGACACCCUUCUUUUAUUUUAGGUGUGUAGAACUUGCCUCCGUCUACAAAACAAGUAACUAUUUUAUUAAACCGGUUGGUUAGAAAUGAAAACCAGGUAUGAUUGUAAACUGGCAUUAUUUCAUGUGUAGGAUCUGUUUUAACAAUAGCUAUUCCCAUCAGAGAAAAAGAAUGAGAUGCGACUAUAUCCAUUAUGCUUCUUCUACCUUCCAGGCUACUAUGAAGACACACAUUAAGAUGAACUAUGAAUGGGAGUUGGGGGAAGAGGCUGAAGGGGAGGAGCACACACACCACAACACACAUUGACACAGAGGCUAUCUCCAGGCUCGGACUGUUCUUUAUUACUGUUCUUAAAAUGUUCAUUCUGCUGCAACUAACUAGCCUCCAUCUUCUACACCAAAUACUAUUCCAUGCCAUGGAAGUGCUAUGCAAUAACUCCAGGUAGCACCUUAUACCGCUUAAAAGCCUUUAAAUCUCUAAUCUGAGGGUGUCACAGUAAAGAAAUGUAAACACCUUAGGAAAAAAGAAAAAUGUAAUUACCUGAUAAAGUCAUCUAUGUCCAUGGAACGGGCCCGCUUGUCACUAAAACCUGUGCUGGUUAGGAUUUGCUGUAUUUUAUCUGCUAUGCUGAAAUCUUCUGGUAUUAUCUAUCAAUAUAAGAUUCAGAAUAAAUGAACAACAUAUCUUUAAUGAA